UCCUGGUACCCAAGGAUCAAAAAUUCAAAUGGCUGUGAGUGGGGACAAUGUGGGCUUCAACGUCAAGAAUGUGUCUGUCAAAGAUGUUCGUCAAGGCAACGUUGCUGGUGACAGCAAAAACGACCCACCAAUGGAAGCUGCUGGCUUCACUGCUCAGGUGAUUAUCCUGAACCAUCCAGGCCAAAUUAGUGCUGGGUAUGCUCCUGUACUGGAUUGUCACACAGCUCAUAUUGCCUGCAAGUUUGCUGAGCUGAAAGAAAAGAUUGACCGCCGCUCUGGAAAGAAGCUGGAGGAUGGCCCUAAAUUCUUGAAAUCUGGUGAUGCUGCCAUCGUCGAUAUGGUUCCUGGCAAGCCCAUGUGUGUCGAGAGCUUCUCAGACUAUCCUCCUCUGGGUCGUUUUGCUGUUCGUGAUAUGAGACAGACAGUUGCUGUGGGUGUCAUCAAAGCAGUGGACAAGAAGGCUGCUGGAGCUGGCAAGGUCACCAAAUCUGCCCAGAAAGCUCAGAAGGCUAAAUGAAUAUUAUCCCUAAUACCUGCCACCCCACUUUUAAACGGUGGAAGAACAGUUUCAGAACUGUUUGUUUCAAUUGGCCAUUUAAGUUUAAUAGUAAAAGACUGGUUGUUAAUAACAAUGCAUCGUAAAACCUUCAGGAGGAAAAGAAAAUGUUUUGUGGA